AUUAUACUGUGGCACAUUUCCUUUUUUUCCCUUUUUUUAACCCUUCGCCUCUCCCUGCCACCUUCUCACACUUCACACACUUGUGUUCAUCCAUCCUGCCCUCUUAUCAAAUCCCAUCGACGACAAUACAAUUAAUUGCAUUUUAAUUAUAUCUUGCACGAUUAACAACAAAGUUAUUUCAAUUGCAACACACACAAUCAAACAGGCGGAUAGGGCAUCUCAUGCUGACAAUCGACCUGAAUCAGUCAGAUGUUGUCUCGGAGAGGCACCUUCAAACUGUGACUGAUGUGAUGCUUAGGGCAAAAAAGACCAUUGUCGUCACGGGAGCAGGCAUUUCUUGCAGUAGUGGCAUUCCGGAUUUUCGUUCUGCGGAUGGACUAUACAAUUUAGUCAAGAAACAAUACCCGAAAACUGUUCUGAAGGGCAAGGAUCUGUUUGAUGCGAAUCUGUUCCGAGAUUGUACCACAACUGCAGUCUUUUAUACUUUUAUUUCAGAGCUGCAUGCACAAACCCUGAAGGCAAAGCCAUCACCUACACAUCAUUUUAUAAAGAUGCUUUCGGAGAAGGGGAAGCUGCUGCGAUGUUAUACACAGAACAUUGAUUGUCUAGAGGAGGAACUUGGGAUGGAGACCAAGCUUGUUUGUGAGAAGGGAAAGGUCAAAAAGGAUGUCAACGUGGUUCAACUUCAUGGCUCUCUGAGGAAGUUGAAAUGCACACUGUGUAGUGAACCCUAUGGAUUUAUAACCGAUUACGAAAAGGUCUUCAGAGAAGGAGAGGCACCUGACUGUCCAAAGUGUGAGCUCAAUGAUGGAAUUCGCGUUGCACAGGGAAAGCGGAAAAUUGCUACAGGAACAUUACGACCUGAUAUUGUCCUGUACAAUGAAAACCACCCGUUUGGGGAAGCCAUUGGUAGAAUCCAACUGAGUGAUUUCCAAAAAUCACCCGAUGUGCUGCUUGUGAUGGGUACAUCGCUCAAAGUUCAUGGACUGCGUCUGCUGGUCAGGAAAGCAGCCAAGAUAGUGCAUGCAAACAAGAAGGGAUGUGUCAUUUUAGUGAACAAGACACCUGUUGUUGGCAAGGAAUGGAAUGGUGUUUUUGACUACUUUAUUGAGGGUGAAUGUGAUCACUGGUGUCACAUUGUCCAGGAUGCACUUCGGAAGGUCAAGGUGCAGACCAAGCUUCCGUUUAAACCCUUGACGACCGAACAAAUGGAGAAACAGAAACAAGCACAGAAGGAGGAAAAGCAGGAGCAGGAGCAAUCUUCAGAUAAGGAGAAUUUCAUACCAUUGAGUCUUUACAAGAAGCAGAAACCAGGAAGCAGGAAGAGGCCGUUUGCAGCCAUGAUGGGCAAAUAAUAUAAAUGUACAUGUUUUUCUUUCUCCC